AUGGAAUACCCGUACUUCUCGUCCGCCCAGCAGGCGUAUCCAUAUUAUAACCAGCAGCCACCUCAUGAACCCUCGCAAGAUCAGUUUCGAUCCAUGAUGCCUGGCCCUGACCAGCAGCAGUUUGAUCCAUCCUUCCAGCAAUUCGAGCCCUAUCAAUUUAGCCAACCUCCUCCUUUGCAAGGCCAGGUUAACGGUAUAGCUUCUGCGCAUUUUCCGAGACAGUCUAUCGAGCCGGCAACAAGUGGCCAGUCGUCGAUAUCCCCUCUCGGGAGAGAGAUCAAGCAGGAUUCCGUCGACUCGAAUGCCUUCCCACAGGGCAUCAACGUUGAGAACGGAGAAGAUGGCCACCCCGAACGGGAUCCCCGUAGCAGCAGCGAAGAGAAGGACUCCAACAUGACCCCUGCUCAGAACCGUAGAAAGGCUCAGAAUCGAGCUGCUCAACGAGCCUUCCGUGAACGCAAGGAGAGACGAGUCCGUGACCUAGAGCAAGAAUUGACAGAAUACAAGCAAAACUUCUCCAACCUGCUCGAAGACAACGAGGUGCUGAAGCGCCAGAUGGCAAAAGUAGCUACCGAGAACGAGAUUCUUCGCGCAACUUCAAAGGCUGCGCACUGCCAUGGGUCUCCAGGCCAUGAUCCCGAGCCCACGACGACCGGACCGAUGAUAUAUUCUCCCAAGGACUACAGCAGUGCCGCCAGCACCGCCAGUGGGGGCAGUGGCCUGUCGUCGGAACGAGAGAAACACAGCAAGCCCAUUCACCCCGUCAGAGUGUGCGAAGUCACCGGCGAGAAGCUGCUGGAUGCAUCUGCGACCUGGGAUCUGAUAGUAAGCCACCUGUCGGAUUCGGGUGUCAAGCUGGAUGUGCAGGAUAUAUAUGAUCGAUUAAAGGGGCACGCUCAGUGCGAUGGCACUGGUCCGGUCAUUGGAGAGUCGCAGGUUAUCAAGGCAAUACAAGAUAGUAUUGCAGCUGGCAGUGAUGAGCUGAUCUAG